AUGUCCGCGACCGUCCCAGCCGUUGCAAAGGUCACGACGACUAUCGUUGCGGCUGCUCAUGCGACGAUCACGGCGACUAUGCCUGCUGUGCCGAAGGCUACGGCGGCGGCGGCGUCGGUGUUCGACAAGGGCUUCGGUAGUCCCGUCAAGUUCGACUCGUCAAACCCGCUCGUCCUCUUCAUCGUCCAGGCUUUCAUCAUCGUCGCCCUCUCGCGCCUCCUCCACUUCUUCCUCCGCUACCUCCGACAGCCCAAGGUCAUCGCCGAGGUCAUUGCAGGCAUCUUGAUCGGUCCAUCGGCCAUGGGUCGAAUCCCCGGAUUCACGAGCACGAUCUUCCCGGCGCAGAGCGUGCCGUUCAUCAACCUCGUCGCCAACCUCGGUCUCGUCCUCUUCCUCUUCCUCGUCGGCAUCGAAGUGGACUUCUCCCUCUUCCGCCGAAACGCCAAACUCUCCUCCUCAAUCUCGCUCGUCGGUCUCGUCGUGCCCUUCGCCCUCGGCGCAGCAAUCUCGAAGGGGAUCUACGAGCGCUUCAUCGAUGACUCGAAGGUUCACUUUGGGACUUUUCUGCUGUUUGUCGCGACAGCUAUGGCGAUCACGGCGUUUCCGGUUCUUGCGCGUAUCUUGACGGACGAGCACCUUCUCCAGAACUAUGUCGGCGUCGUCGUCUUAUCGGCGGGAGUUGGCAACGACGUCGUCGGCUGGGUGCUCCUCGCGCUCGCCAUCGCACUCACCAACGCCUCGACCGGCCUAAUCGUCCUCUACGUCCUCCUCACCGCCAUCGGAUGGAUCCUCCUCCUCUGGUUCGUCGCGCGCCCGAUCCUCAAAUACCUCGGUCGCAAGACGAGGUCGUUUGGCGAACAUGGGCCGAGUCAGAGCAUGACUGCUUUCACGCUGUUCUUGGUGUUGACGAGCGCGUGGAUUACCGAUCGGAUUGGGAUCCAUGCCAUCUUCGGAGCGUUCCUCGUCGGACUUGUCGUGCCCAAGGAGAUUCGCGGCCCGCUUACGGAGAAGAUCGAGGACCUCGUCACUGUCCUGUUCUUGCCGCUCUACUUUGCCUUGUCCGGCUUGAAGACCGACCUCGGCCUCCUCAAAGACGGCAGCAUUUGGGGCUGGACCUUCGCCGUCAUCAUCGUUGCGUUCCUGUCAAAGUUCUUGUCGUGCGGAUUGGUGGCAAAGGGCUUUGGACUGGAUUGGAGGGAAAGUGGAGCGGUGGGGAGCUUGAUGGCCUGCAAGGGACUUGUCGAGCUGAUCGUCCUCAACGUCGGCCUCAACGCUGGUAUCCUCAACCCGCCAGUCUUUGCGAUGUUUGUCGUCAUGGCUCUCGUCACCACCUUCGCCACCACGCCUCUCACGCUCGCUUUCUACCCCGUCUGGUACCGCAUCAAGUCGGCCCGCGAGCGACGCGGCCUCCCUUCUACGCCGACCGACGAGGCCUCGGCCUCGACGUUUGGCGACGAGAAACCCCGCUCGAGGUUUGCGGUUGUUGUCGAGCAGUUUGAGCAUUUGCCGGCUGUUAUGGCGUUCCUCCGACUGGUGCAGGCGCCGGCGCCGAUCGAAGCGGGCACGAAGCUCGCGCUCACGUCGACAGCGAAGGACGAGAAGACCGAAUCGGACACCGCGACAGUCUCGAACAGCACCCUCUCAAACCUCCUCCAGAUCGCCUUCCUCCGCCUCGUCGAGCUCACCGACCGCACCUCGGCCCUCCUCCGCGCCGCCGAAAGCGAGUCGAACCUCCUCCGCUCCGACGCGCUCUCGACUGUCGUCCGAGCGUUCGCGAACGGUCUCGGCGUCAAGACUCGGUCGAUGGCGCUCGCGAUCGUCGCGCAGGAGGGUUACUCGCGCCAGGUCGCCGAGUUUGCGGAGGAGAGCGAGAGUGAGGUGAUUGUCCUGCCUUGGGCGUUGCCAGUCGCUUCGUCCUCGCCUGCCGCCGCCCCAGCCGGCUCGACCCAACCUCAAGCUUCGACUUCGACGCAAGCAGGUGUCGCCGAGUCAUGGAUCCCGAACCCGCUCGAAGCCUACUUUAACGGCACCGGCUCGUCUCUCGCCUCGACCAUGACCAUCCAAGGCGCGGUAGGAUACGCCUCUUACCUCCGCGAAGUCUACGCCGAAGCGACGUGCGACGUCGCCGUCUUCAUCGACCGCUCCGACCCUGCUGCGUCGUCUGACGUCCCGACGAGCGCUGGGAAGGCGCAUCUGUUCCUGGCGUUCCACGGUGGCUCAGACGACCGCCUCGCGCUCGGCUUGCUCGUCCAGCUCAUCUCCGCCAACCCAGGUCACUCCGCCACUGUCAUCCGUAUCGAGCGCGCAGCUGAGCCGACGUAUCACGAUCGCGAGGUGCUUGGCGUCUCGUCGGAUGAGGACGGCCUGGCGAGCAAGAUUGCGACGAGGGACGACGGAGUGAGCCAGUCGGACCAGCCACUCUUUACGAUACAUGGCGGCGCGAAUACAGGGGACACGGUCUACCCGACGCUUGCGACGGGCGCAGCUCGAGGCGUGCAGAGCGAGACGGAAGACGACGUCCUCCUCGCGCGCUUCUUCGGCUCGAACACGGACGACAGCUCGACUCGCCUUGACGCCUCAGUCCGCGACCGCAUCGACUACUCGACAGUCUCGUCUUCCCAGCCUCUUCACUUCGCGCUCGCCCGCCUCGCCUCCGUCCGCGCAACUCUGCACUCGUCCACCCUCUCCUCCGGCUCGCGCAUCCCGCUCGUCGUCUUCGCUGGUCGGGGACGCCGCGACGCUCCUUCGCACAAGUCGGAGCUCACUACGCUCCUCAAGGAACGCGCAGGGUCGGUCUACCGCUCGGUUGUCGCCGCUUCGGAAGUCCGCCGUGCGCUGGGAGACACUGCGACGGCGCUCGUCUUAUCGAGCGAGGAGGGUCCGCUCCCAGCCGAGGAGAGGAUCGUUGUCGUUCAGCGGAGCGGCAAGAGGGGACGCGUGCCGGGGACCGUCGCGUACGGAGCGGGCGAGAUGGCCAAGGGUAAGGACGCCUGA